GCAAGUCGGCCAAUCAGCCAGGCGGGGCUGGGGGAUGAUGGGCUGCCUCCUCCUCACUGGAGGGAUUCCUGGAGAAGCUGCAGUGUGGGGAUGCUCUAGCCCGUGCACUGCCCCCAGUGUCUUUCCACCUCCUCUUUCUGCAACCGCAGCAGGAGCAGAAGCAGCGGCAACUUGCACCUGAACCCCUGGUCGAGCCCCCUGGGCGUUGUUGCGCUGAGGGGGGCUCAGACCCCACCAGGGUGUGUGUGUGUGUGUGUGUAGGGCGGGGGCGGCCAGCUGGGACGGCUGGUGGCCCUGGAAGACCUCCCACACACCCACACCCACACACCCCUUUUGUGUUGCAGGCUCUCCUCCAAAGAGCUGGAGGCAGGGAGAGAAAGCGUGUGUAUUUCCUACUAGUCACCGAGGGGAGAGCCCUGAAGGACAGAGAUCCCGUACCACCUCCUCCAAUUUCCUUUCCCAGCUUUCCUUCACUUGGGAAACAGGACACGGACAGAACAUCUAACUUCAAGACAGCCAUCAGGGAGGACAAAGGGAAGAGAAAAAAGAGCUUGAUUGGCAGACAGUCUAGAUCCAUAGUGGAAGACCAUUCACUUGGUGAUCAAGCCCUCUUGUGAGAUUACCCUGGUGCUGCCCACAAAAGGAACGUGCAACACUGAAGAAAGAGGAUAAAGAAUAAGAGAUCCCUGAAUUCAUAAAGUGAACAAUUCCCUUGGAACCAAAAUGGUGAGUGAGAGUGAGAGUCACCACGAGGCCCUGGCGGCCCCCCCAGUGACAACUGCUGCACCAGCGCUCCCACAUAAUGUCACCGAACCGGCCACCCCGGGAGAAGGGAAGGAAAAUGCUUUUUCUAAGAUUAAGGAGAAAUUUAUGAAUGAGUUGAAUAAAAUUCCAUUGCCACCGUGGGCCUUAAUAGCCAUAGCCAUAGUUGCAGUCCUCUUAAUCUUGACCUGCUGCUUUUGUAUCUGUAAGAAAUGUUUAUUCAAGAAGAAGAACAAGAAGAAGGGAAAGGAAAAGGGAGGAAAAAAUGCCAUAAACAUGAAAGAUGUCAAAGACUUAGGGAAGACCAUGAAAGAUCAGGCCCUCAAGGAUGAUGAUGCUGAAACUGGCUUGACUGAUGGGGAAGAAAAAGAGGAACCAAAAGAAGAAGAAAAACUAGGGAAACUCCAGUACUCAUUGGAUUAUGACUUCCAGAAUAACCAGCUCUUGGUAGGAAUCAUCCAAGCAGCUGAGCUUCCUGCCUUAGAUAUGGGUGGUACAUCAGAUCCCUAUGUGAAAGUGUUCCUGCUGCCUGAUAAAAAGAAGAAAUUUGAGACAAAAGUCCACAGAAAGACCCUUAAUCCUGUCUUCAAUGAGCAGUUUACUUUUAAGGUGCCCUACUCAGAAUUAGGAGGGAAAACUCUGGUUAUGGCCGUCUAUGAUUUUGACCGUUUCUCCAAGCAUGAUAUCAUUGGGGAGUUUAAAGUAGCCAUGAAUACAGUGGACUUUGGCCAUGUGACUGAAGAAUGGAGAGAUUUGCAAAGUGCUGAGAAGGAAGAGCAAGAGAAGUUGGGUGAUAUCUGUUUCUCCCUCCGCUACGUACCCACUGCUGGCAAGCUGACUGUCGUCAUCCUGGAGGCAAAGAAUCUGAAGAAGAUGGACGUGGGCGGCUUAUCGGAUCCCUAUGUGAAGAUUCACCUGAUGCAGAAUGGCAAGAGAUUGAAGAAGAAAAAGACCACAAUUAAGAAGAACACGCUGAAUCCCUACUAUAAUGAGUCAUUCAGCUUUGAAGUACCCUUCGAACAAAUCCAGAAAGUGCAAGUUGUGGUAACUGUUUUGGACUAUGACAAGAUUGGCAAGAACGAUGCCAUCGGCAAGGUCUUUGUGGGCUACAACAGCACCGGCGCGGAGCUGCGGCAUUGGUCAGACAUGUUGGCCAAUCCCAGGCGACCCAUUGCACAGUGGCAUACCUUACAGGUAGAGGAGGAGGUGGACGCCAUGCUUGCGGUCAAGAAGUAAGGGGAACAAAAGAAGCCUUUCUGCAUUUGCCCACAUAGUGCUCUUUAGCCAGUAUCUGUAAAUACCUCAGUAAUAUGGGUCCUUUCAUUUCCAGCCAUGCAUUCCUAACCCAAGUCAGUGGUCCUUCAAAUCCUGUUUUAAUUUGCACAACUUUAAAUGUAGAGAGCCCCCUAAGACCUUCUUCACCCCACUGCCCCCCAGAUCUACUCUUCUUUUAAGCAAUAUGAUGUGUAGAUAGAGCAUGACCGAAAUUAUUUAUUGUAUCACACUGUUGUAUAUACCAGUAUGCUAAAAAUUUAUUUCUAGUUUGUGUAUUUGUAUGUUGUACGAGUUUCCUAAUCCGUGUAUAUCUAGAUGUUUUUAAUAAGAUGUUCUAUUUUAAACUAUGUAAAUUGACUGAGAUAUAGGAGAGCUGAUAAUCUAUAUUAGGGUUAAAUAUUGUAUCGUCUGCAUUCCAGCAAAAAUUCCAACGUGUAAGGCACUAGUACAGUUACAGUGACAUCUUAAAGGACAACAUAUCUGAGCUUUCAACUGAACCAUUCAAAUAACUGGAUAUUCUAAACACUGCACACUUGGAGGGGGUAGAUCUCAUUUUGUAGAAUUCUUUCACAGGCAACUUAGCAUGAUCUGAGCAGCUCCAGGGCUGACCUCAAGGAAGCGUAGCCACAAGCCACUAGAGAAUGGUUAUCCCUCCCUCAUCUCGACUUUCCCCAUCUCAGUUUCAAUAUAUCAUGGGUCAGCAUGAUUUUUUUUUGGGGGGGGGGGGAAGUUUGCAGAAACCACAGAUGACACACGAAGGCCAGCAGAUGAUGCAAAAAAAAAAAGUUCAGAAACUCAGAAAUGCAGGAUUGUUAUUUUAAAAAUAAAAAAGGCAUUCUGGUAGAUUGGCAUCAUAAGAGAAAAGGCUAAGUACUUAUCUGAUUUCCUAAAGCCAAUGAAAGUGAAGGGUCUACCCCUAAGGAUUUUACAUGGAUUUUUCAGAUUGCGGAGGGGCAACUCGCCCCUAACCUCUGUGAUGUGGAAGGGAUAACCUGUAUAGCAUUUGUCUGUAUAUAUUAUAAAAAGCUGAAAUCCUGGCUUUAUACUUUACAGUUGAGGAAGCAGUUGAAUGGGAGGGAAGUAUUUCUUAUUAUUGCACCUAGAGUAAAUAACAUGAUGAUGUUUGGUAUGUAUGUGUACAUGUAUGUUUGCUGUGGGGAGAGGGGGGGCGGGGAAGGGAAAAGAGUGGGUGGGAGAAGUCAGCAGUUGUGAAGCACCACCUGACCAUCCAAGAAGACGCUCUCCGUUCUCACCUUUAUAUAAAAUGUGCAUCCUGGGAAUUCCAUUGGAGAUUUCCCAUUCCGGAUGAACUCUUAAUGAGUUUGCACAUUAGACUUUAUAAGAAAAUAUUUUAUUAUACAAAACCAGAUUAGAAGGAAUGCAGAAUAUUUUUAAACACAGCAAUCUGUGCUUAUUACACAAAAUGACUUUGUGGUCAACAGUAUUGUAAUCCCAAUAAGACCAAAAACAAAAAAAACAAAAAACAAAAAAAAACAAAACAAAAAAAGGACGAAAUUUAGCCAUAGUUCUGAACGCACUUCGAUAAAGCCAAAACAAACAGCUAGUGAUCUUUUUAUAUGUUCUUUAUACUGAAAUGAGUUUUAAUUUGUCCUUGAAAAAAAAGAGAGAUGAAACUAAACAAAGAACAAGUUCUAGAAAACUGAAGCAACCUCUUCUGUAUACUAGAUGCUCGUUUCAGAAGGAGUUUUUCAAUGUUUUCAAUGUUAUUGUGUAGUAAUGGCACUGUUAUGAAGCUAUUCGUCAUUCCAUAUGAGUCUUAAAAGACUGCUCUGUGUAUCACUGUGACUGCCGAGUGUGCUUAGAAAACUAGUUUUCUCAGUGGAUAGCAAUCAAUUUAUUCCGUAGUGAUAUUGUUAUUAUACUGCCAUUCCCUUCUAUACUGCACUGCCGGAGGCCCAAGUAGCACCAACAGUUCUAGUUACAAAUGGACCAAUCCAGAACUGAAGAGCUACGCAUCAGACAGGGAAGUUUCGGAGAAUGGGUGGACCACACAGCAUAUUGUUGAACACUGUGCAAUAUUCCAUACUUUGCCCACCUUGGUAGGUCAUUGCCUUAUUAAACGAAGGGCAAUCUACCAUCUCAUUCUGCAUCUAGACUCUUUUUUCCACAUCACUUCAGACUUUCUCUUUCUCUCUUAAGACCAAAUUUGGCGUUGACUAGGCCACAGACAGCGACAGUUCUCUGAAGUGAAAGUUCAUUUUCCCAACAAAUCAAAAACAUAUAACCUUGACCUCAUGUUCCAAAUUUCUUAUGCUUAUAUUCAUACCAGCACGCCAUGUUCCUCACUAACUCCAAGGAAAAUCAGCUAGGGCUAACAGACGAAAGGCUUCAGCCAUUCCCAGUCAUCCCUCAAUGAAUGGAGGUCCUUACUUUAGACUUUCUUGAGAAAGGAUGAGACGGUCCUUUGGUUGUUCAGCCCAGUCAAGGCAAAAGCCACCAAACUCUUUGGAACUGGGACAAGCACAGAAUGAAAGAAUAAAGAUUGGGAAGGGGGUGGGGGGGAACAAUUCUCUCUCCCAACUUUAUUGUCCCUAAGCCAUAAUUCCUUUUCGUUCAUUUCCCAUGGAAGAGGCAUCCUACGAGAAUAAAUGCCUCUAUGUGUAGGGGAGAAAAAAAAGUCAAAUGGGACUUCUUUUAAUGAAUUUUAAGGGACCAAACCCUACCAAAGAGAGGGGCUAGACUGACUUUUAGAUUGUUGUUUGUGCGUACCACAGAGAUUUAACUUCAUCAUAUCCAGCUUUGAGUUAUUCAUACGGAACCCAGAAACAAGCAGGUUCUAGCUGCCAGACAGACAAAUACCCAUUCUCUAUCGCAUUAAGUACUCUUAAUGUAUUCUCUUCCAACACUGCCAGACACACUGUUGCCGUAGUAGAAUUGGUUGGUCCUCUGCCAUCACGCCCAAGACGGUGACUCAACCUGCUUUUUGGAGUAGGGUUUCCAUCCAUCCUCAGAUAAGCCACAUGUACCUUUCUGACAAAGCUGUGUAAAGUAUUAGAAAUCUGAUGCUGUAGAGAGAUCCUAGUUGCCUUUGUGUAUAUUUACUGCCUGCUUGAGUGUUCCUAUAUGUGGGUUUUCUCUGUAUCCUGUAGAAACGUUGGGGUGUUCUAUCCUGCCAUAACAGCCCGUGGCCUGCGAGCCGACAACUUUAGCUGUAUUUUACCUUCAUUUUCUGACGAGGUGGUUAAAAUUUUGUUUCCCUUUGUGUAGUGAAUCCCAUAGUAGUUUUCUGAUUGUUGUUACCGAUGACUUGACCUAUUACACAGAUAUUCAAUAAAAAUGUUUUAUUUCCUGUUGA